CUUGCAGUCAGAAAUAAGCAGAGGACUAGUUUGUGUCUUGUGCUACAGGCCUGCUUCUGGCGUUGCUCCUUACAGCAGCGGCAGUACCCUAGGGUUCACCGCCUCUUACGGUGAUCAGACAUUCCAACGACAGAGCCUUUAUUAACUGUCGACAGCUUUUUUCCUGGAGUACAUUGAUACAAUACCGACACCAUCUGCCAUAUUUCUUAUUUCCCUUGACGAGCCAUUACCCCGUAAAGAUGUGGAAGUUCUGCGUUACGAGGCUUGCGACGACCGCAUCUAGAUCGCCGGCUUCGCGAUCAUCGCUGCAUCCCGACAAUGCUCGCGUUGCUCUUUAUCUAACUCCCAAAGUCGUCCCUUACCUGAGCCAGAUCCACCGUCCAUUCUCGUCUGACAGCUCAGAAGAUAAGCUAUUCAACAAGCUUCUGGUGGCCAAUCGCGGCGAGAUCGCGUGUCGCAUUCUGCGCACGGCGAAGAAGCUGGGCAUCCCCACGGUGGCCAUCUACUCCGACACAGACAUCGAGGCCCCCCACGUCCGCCUCGCCGACGAGGCCGUCCACGUCGGCCCAUCGCCGGCGAACGAGAGCUACCGCAACGUGGACCGAGUCAUGGACGCCGUUGUCAAGGCGGGCGCCGACGCCGUGCAUCCGGGGUACAGCUUUCUGUCGGAGAAGCCCGAGUUCGCGGAGAAGCUCAAGGCGCAGGGCGUCACGUUCGUGGGGCCCACGCCCGAGGUCAUGCGCCUCAUGACCGACAAGACUGCGAGCAAGCACGCGGCGGUGGCGGCGGGGCUGCAAAUACUGCCCAUAGGGGAGUCCAUCGCCAGCGACGACGACCACGCCGUCGAACUCGCCAAGAAGGUGGGCUUCCCCGUGGUGCUCAAGUCACUGGAUCGCGGCCAGUCCCACGUGCUGCGCAUCGCCACGAACGCGCGCGAGGUGCGAGACCACUACGACCAGUUUCAGCAGGACCUGUCGUUCAAAUCGCCGGGCGCGCACAGCCAAGUCAUCGUCGAACACUAUUUGGAGAAGGCGCGGCUGAUCGAGAUCCAGCUCGUGGCGGACAAGCACGGCACCAUGCUGUGGUUCCCUGAGCGCGAGGCGUCCAUCCAGAGACGAUACCAGAAGCUGAUCGACGAGUCCCCCAGCACGUUUGUGGAUGCGGCGACACGCAAGGCGCUGGUGGAGCAGUCGGUGGCGCUGGCCAAGUCCAUCAACUACGACACCACCGGCACGGUGGAGUUCCUACUGAGUCAGAACAAGGACAUCUACUUCCGAGGCAUGAGCACGCGCCUGCAUGCAGGGCAUGUGGCGUCGGAGUGUGUGACGGGUGUGGACAUCGUGGAGCUCAUGCUGCGCGCCGCAGCCGGCCAGAAGCUCGCCGUGCCGCAGGAGAGAAUCGCCCAGCCCAACGGCUGGGCCAUUGGCGCGCGCAUCUACAGCGAUGACCCACGCAAGAACUUCCUCCCGUCGAGUGGCAAGAUCAUUCGGUACAUAGAGCCCGCCAUGCAGUGCUCUAACGAGGGCAUCCUACGCAUUGACUCUGGUGUCGCUGAGGGUGACGUCAUCACCUUCUACUACCACCCCCUCAUGUCCAAGGUGACCACAUGGGCGCCCACUCGCAACGCAGCCAUUGACAAGAUGGAGUUCGCUCUGGACCGGCACUACAUCGAGGGCGUGGAGAGCAACAUCCCCUUCCUGCGCUGCAUCGUCUCGCACCCGGCGUUCGCUUCCGGCAACAUUACAACCAACUUCAUCGCUGACAACUUCCCCGCGGGCUUCUACAACGACCAUCUCUCGCCCCGGGAAGAGAGCGAGCUGGCGGGCAUCUCGGCGUUCCUGCACGUGAUCAAGGGCGUGCGGGCGUCCGCCACGGUGACCUCGGACCACCCGGCAGCGGACGCCACGGCGGCAGCGGCGGCGGCAACGCUGUCGCAGAAGGCGGUGACGGAGCACCUGGUGGUGGCCAUGGAUGGCCAGCAGGUGCCCGUCACGCUCACGCACUGGCCCUCCGACAAACACCCCGUGCUGCGCCGUGCUAAGGUGGACGUGGCGGGGGAGACGAUGGAGGUGGAGGAGCGGGACCCCAUCCUCAGCGGCAAGGGGCUCAUCCAUGUCAGCCUGGACGGCAAGGACGCCACCGUCAGCAUCCGAGAGGAGCGGCCGAGGGGCUUCUCCAUGCUGUACCAUGGGUGCAUCAAGGACGAGGUGUUGGUGCAGCGGGCGGACAUCGCGCCGCUGCAGAAGUUCAUGCCCAAGAAGAAGGCCGAGGACGUCGCUCACCUCAUCCGCACGCCCAUGCCGGGCUCCGUGGUGAAGAUCUCCGUGCGCUACAAGCAGAAGGUGCUGCCUGGGGACGAGCUGGUGACCAUAGAGGCGAUGAAGAUGCGUAAUGUGAUCCGCGCGGAGGAGGCGGGCAUCAUCCGCGGCAUCUACGUGAAGGAGGGGCAGACCGUCAAGGUGGGCGAGAUGCUGCUCGACCUCGACGUCUAGCGCUGCUCCGAGGACCUUCACUCCACCAUUUCCUUUACAGGGCUUGUCAUAAUAUUACUCUAAAAAUCCUGGCUCUACCAAAGCCACCCUAGCAAUUUUGAUUUAUUCAGUGGCAGAACAGAACACCUGUCAAUGGCAACAUCAAUUGUUAGUAAUGCUGCC